AUGGCCUCUCGGGAGCCGCCCCCGGCCACCAGCUACAACCCGCCCGACGUGCCCUUAGGGGUCGCGCUGUUUCUUACCAUCCCCUACGCCUUCUUCCUGCCGGAGCUGAUAUUUGGGUGCUGGGUUUGGAUCCUGGUAGCCGCCACCCAGGUAGCAAACCCACUGCUGCAAGGAUGGGUGAUGUACGUCUCGCUCACCUCAUUCCUCAUCUCCCUGAUGUUCCUAUUGUCUUACUUGUUUGGAUUUUACAAAAAAUAUGACUCCUGGAGAGUCCUGGACAGCCUGUACCACGGGACCACUGGCAUCCUGUACAUGAGCGCCGCUGUCUUGCAAGCACACGCCACCAUUGUUUCUGAGAGCCAGGACCUCAAAAACUACUACAUAAACACUGCAGCCUCGUUCUUUGCCUUUGUCACCACCCUGCUCUACAUUCUUCAUGCCUUCAGCAUCUAUUACCACUGA